AUGGCUAUGGAACUAGGUCCUGGCAUAACUAGGCGGUGUCCGUGUGGAGCAUUCACGGUUGUACUAACAUCGAAAACCAAAGAAAACCCAGGUCGCAGAUUCUACAAAUGUGGGGUAGUUUUCGGCGAAAAUCAUAUUUUCAAGUGGGCUGAUGAUGCCCAUCUUGAGGAGAUAGAAGCGAUGGCUGCCAAACAGUCCGUAAUGGAGCAAGAUCUGAUUAAAAUCAAGGAACAACUUUUGGAAAUGAAGAAAGACAUUACGGAGAUUGUUGAAGUGGUGGCGGCUUUAUCUACCAAGAUUCGAAAGUAG